CUUAAGCUUUAGAGAGAGAAAGAUUAGAAAUGGCCAAGCAGCUAGGACCAACCCCAGAUGCGAUUCCAACCUUGUUGGCCAACCCAUCGCCGGACGGGUCCAAUCCGAUCCCGGAGAUCGUGGUCCAGGUCCUCGAUCUCAAAACAAUUGGCAACCGUUAUAAGUUUACUGCUAGUGAUGGAAAGAUGAGGCUAAAUGGGGUGUUCAACUCAGAGCUGAGUUCAACGGUGAUCUCUGGUGAUAUUCAGAACCUCGGCCUCAUUCGUGUUCUAGACUACACUGUAAAUGACAUCCCAAACAAGUCUGCUAAAUAUAUGAUUGUGACGAAAUGUGAGAUGGUUUCACCUGCGCUUGAGGCGGAGAUUAAAAGUGAGGGAAGUAAAGAUGAGGUGAAAGUAGAACCGGUUGGGAUUAUAUUGAAGCCCAAGCAAGAGAUGGUGACCAAAUCAGCUGCUCAGAUUAUGCACGAGCAGAGUGUAAAUAUGGCCCCGUCAGCACGAAUGGCCAUGACCAGAAGGGUUCAUCCUAUUGUUUCCUUGAAUCCUUACCAAGGAAAUUGGACCAUAAAGGUUCGUGUUACAAACAAGGGAAAUUUACGUACUUACACGAACGCUAGAGGUGAAGGCUGUGUCUUCAAUGUGGAGUUAACAGAUGAAGAUGGAACUGAGAUUCAAGCUACAAUGUUCAAUGAAGCUGCAAAGAAGUUAUAUGAAAAGUUUCAACUUGGGAAGGUUUAUUAUGUUUCAAAGGGGUUUCUAAAGGUGGCUAACAAGAAGUUUAUGACAGUAAAAAAUGAUUAUGAAAUGACUUUAAAUGAGAAUUCAGAGGUGGAUGAAGUCAUCAAUGAAGAAGCUUUUGUUCCUGAAACAAAAUUUGAUUUUGUCCCAAUUGACAUGUUGGGCCCUCAUGUUAACAGCAAGGUGCUUGUGGAUGUUAUUGGAGUUGUAACAAAUGUGUCUCCUACAAUGAGUAUUCGUAGAAAGAGCAACAAUGAGAAUAUCCCAAAGCGUGACAUUACCAUUGCUGAUGAGUCGAAAAAAAUGGUUGUGGUUUCUUUAUGGAAUGAUCUUGCAACUGGUGUUGGCCAAGAAUUGCUGGACAUUGCUGAUCAAUCUCCUGUAGUCGCUAUCAAAUCCCUUAAAGUUGGAGACUAUCAAGGUGUAUCCUUGUCUACACUGUCUAGGAGCUCAGUAUUGGUGAAUCCAGAUUUACCUGAAGCAAAGAGGUUGAAAUCCUGGUAUGAAUCUGAAGGUAAAGAGGUUCCAAUGGCACCUGUUGGCUCUGGUAUGAGCCCAUCAGCCAAUAGUGGAGCAUGGUCCAUGUACUCUGAUAGAAUCUCCCUGUCUCAUUUAAAAGAAAACCCAUACUUGGGUGAGGACAAGCCUGUGUUUUUCAGUGUUAAAGCUUGUAUAAGCUCCAUCAAGCCUGAUCAGACUCUCUGGUACCGGGCUUGCAAAGAGUGCAACAAAAAGGUGACUGAAGGUGUGGAGGGUGGUUAUUGGUGUGAAGGGUGCCAGAAAAAUGCUGAAGAAUGCAAGCUAAGGUACAUAUUACUUGCAAGAGCUAUGGAUGCAAUUAGUGAUGUAUAUCUUUCAAUGUUCAAUAAUGAAGCAGAAAAGAUUAUUGGGUGCUCUGCAGACGAGCUGGACAAAUUAAGAUCAGAGGAGGACAAUGAGUACCAGCUGAAGUUAAAGCAAGCUACUUGGGUUCCUCAUCUUUUCCGGGUCAGUGUUACACAGAAUGAAUACAAUAGCGAGAAGAGGCAAAGGGUAACUGCCAGGGCAGUUGCCCCACUUGAUUUUGCUGCUGAAUCAAAUUUCUUGCUGGAAGAGAUAUCGAAGAUGAAAGCUUCUUAAAAAUCUUUUAGACUGUCACUGCUCUAUUUUAAAAGGACACUGGUUCUAGAGCCUAUGGAGGACAAGAUGAGGAUUACGGGCAAGUCCCUUCUGGACUCCCUGCCUUCAAGUUACUGGCUAGUGGCUACUUUUGUUAAUCUUGGAGAAGAGCAGUUGUCAUGCAUGACUUUUUCCUUAGACCAGUACAGAUGUCCUUGUUGAAUUCUAGAAAUUGUACUAAAAGUAAAACCUUAUCUAUUUAUAUAAAAGUCAUUAUAUAUUGCCUUUUCAGAUCGACUUGUAAAAAGG